CAAUGACCAAUGAAGACAUUUUGGAGGAGCCACACAAUUUUCAACACCGCUUUUAAAGUUGCUAGCUUUCUGACUUGGAUUGUUGUGGCUUCACUUCGUCACUGACUUCAGACAAUUUAAUGUAGGUUCAUAAGAAAUAUCGACGAUGCCUGGAAUAAUCUUCUUAAGGCGACGAUGGGCAAUUGCAAGUGAUGACUUUGUUUAUCCCAGUUUUGUUGAAUUGUGCUUUCGAUCUUCCUGGUUGCUGGCCAUCUCCAUUCUCUUUGGAAUUCACCAUGGCAGCUUUAACUGUGAUAAUGGUUAUCUACUUCGUUACUACUAUACUGGAAGCAUCAUUCUACUGUCAUUUGGCAUAGUCCUUACAGCAGCAAUGAUGUGGCUGAGCAUGAAGGGAUCCAUUAGAAAUGACUAUGCUCGACGACAUUUGAACAUCAUUUUAUAUUUGAAAUUACUUCUGCUCCUGCCAGAAGCCAUUUGGAUCACUGUAGCAACAUACUGGACUUUUGGCUUCUCGUAUUCCUGUGAGUUAACAGUUUAUUGGACAGCAAGAGGGGCAGUCAUCUGUGCUUGGAUUGUUGGCUUUUGGAUGUUUAUUGGAAUUUUGAUUGUGUUUGACCCCAUGGGAUCUGUUGAACAACAUAUGGAUCUUUCAGAGACCUCUUCAAGGAAAAGUUCAAAGUACCUCAUCGCUAACAGCAAGAGUGUGAAUGCCAGAGUAUGGGAGCAGAGGUGUCGGUGUUUAUGUUGCUGCAUUUCCAGCAAUCAGGAGAUUGAUAACGCUUUUGCUGAUGUGUCAAAGCUUGUUGCUGACUUCUUUAAGGACACAGAUCUCGUUGCCACUGACAUAGCAGCUGGUCUGGUCUUGGUCGGCCAGGAACAGCGGCACCAGAAAGAGAAGCUUACAGCUGUUGCAGUCCAUAGUGCUAAUGCUGGAAGAUCACCAACAACUAUAGAAAAUAAUAGAGUGGAUGUCAUGAGAGCAAGCUAUUCAAACAGAGGACAGCAGAAGAGCUGGAUGACAUUACCAAUGAUGACUCAUUACAUGAAGUUUGCCCUAGGUAGUUAUGGCUGGCCAUUCUUCAUGUAUAACCAUUUCACGACAGGCGUGUGUCGAUUGUGUAUUGCAUGCAGGUGCUGUGCCUGUGUGAGGGCACCCAAAGAUGUUGUGUCUGACAACAUUUGUCAUUGUCAUACAGCUGCCAUCAAAAAUUUGACCAAAAUUAAAGAUCAGGAUCUCAUAUAUGUCAGCUUCCAUGAUAAGUAUCUGGAAAUACCAUUUUAUGUUGCUGUCGACCGAAGGUUCAGCUCGGUUGUUGUCAGUAUAAGAGGUACCUUGUCACUGCAAGAUGCUCUCACAGAUUUGUCAGCAAAAGGUGUGCCACUGGAAAUAGAUGGUGUCCCAGAUGCUUUCUGUCACAGUGCUAUGCUGAGGUGUGCAGAGUAUGUCAAAGCAGAACUAGAGAACAGACAACUUUUGGAAAAAGCUUUUUCUUCUUUGGAGGAGGGUAGCAGACUGUUCAUUGUGGGCCACAGUUUGGGGGCUGGAGUGGCAGCCAUAUUGACUAUAUUGCUAAAAUCUUCAUACCCAAAUAUUGCUUGCUUUGCAUACUCACCUCCUGGUGGACUGAUGAGUCUAAGUGCCAGCCACUACACUCAAGACUUUGUAUGCUCAGUGGUUGUUGGAGAUGACAUUAUUCCUCGACUAAGUAUGCCCAAUAUGUGUUACCUCAAAAUACAGUUGCUGAGAGCUCUGUGUACCUCUAACACUCCAAAGUACAAGAUCUUAGCAUCAGGCUGCUUCCGUAUUCUGUGUGGGUGCACACCUCACUUUGUCUCCAGCAGCAGCUUGGAAGAAGAAUCACCACUUACUCCUCAGUUACAAGCACAGUAUUCUACUAUGAUACCUGUUCAGCUGGGAACCGAGAGACAUAUCAAGAAGGCCCUCCUGCUGGCUGAAGACUACGCUAAGGAGAUGGCUGCUGCAGAGUGGCAGCUAUUUCCACCAGGGCAAAUUCUACAUAUUACGGAGGAUGAAGAAGGCCGUCUGUGCAGUGGAGAACCUCAAUAUACAGCAGUGUGGUCUACGCCAGAGGCCUUUAGUUCCGUUGUAAUCAGUUCCCGGAUGAUUAUGGAUCACUUUCCAGAUGUGGUUUUGCAGGCUUUGAGUCAGCUGGAAAGUUGCAACUUUGUUCCAUCGGCAGGACCCAUGGUACAUGAACCAAGUGACUUUGUUUGUUGACUUCUCAGGACUGUGGAAAUACCUGAACUACAACUGCCAAACUAUUUACUGAGCUAUUUACUGCCAGCAUUUAUUACAACCACACAUGGUAGUUUAAGUUUCUUUAAGUUCUGUUUUGAUGGAUCAAGCUUGAUGAGUUUUUAAUAAGUCAGGCAGAGAUGAAGGAGCAAAAUAUUUUUUGACCGAAUAAAUAAAAGGACAGUCAGUGUUACAUGUAUAACGAGUUUAGUCACAAUCAAAAGCAGAAGACAUUGGGUACUUUCUCUCAUAUGAAGUCAUUGGCUUUGUGUUCUCUGUUUGAAAUCCAGAGCAGCCUCUUCAGGCACUUGUUUUCUAAUGCUGGGUUCUCCUCUUCAUAUCAGCAAGCAGAGUCACGUUUCACAACCAUAAAGCGGUACUAUGAAAGAUUGUACUUGGAAGUUGUCUGUGCCAGACUCAGCCUAGCCAUUGCUGUUACUGCAACUAUUUUGAUGUAGAUAUCUGUCAAGUUAUUAUCAAUUUGUGUGGAAGUUCACCUCACAAUCUUUGGUGUAGUGGCCCAACUUCUGCAGAUAGAAUUAUUCCAUCAACACAACUCUUGUGAGAGCAAAACGCUAACGGUCAUUGUACACUGAGGUUCCUGGAGAUACAGGAUGCCUGUAUUGUGCGCAAUGCUUGCUGCGAUAGCUCGACUUCAAAGCUUUCUUAAGCAGCUGCACAAAUAUUAUCAGAGUUUGAAGUCAACACUGCAUGGGCAGAUCUACAAUAUAAGAAAUGGCAAGGUGGCGCAGAUGUGGCAGUAGAAAUAAAAUGGCCCAGGAAAAGAUGAAAAGUGAUGCAGACACAAAAAUCCAUCCAGGAACGUGGCAAAUAUUGUUAACAGAUGUACUGAAAACUUAACGAAAAUCAACGGGUAAAUAUUAAAAGUGAGGGAGAUCAGUCACUAUUGUCAGUUAAUAGAAGAGACAUCACUCUAUUUUAAUUAUCUAAUUUUUUAAUUAGGUAAAUGACAGUUUUUUAAAUAAAAUGUUCACUUCAUGUAAAUAUCUUGUUUAACUCAUCUCAUAAAGGGAAAGGUGGUGGUGGGGAUGGGGGGGAGGCAACUAACGCUGUAUCCCGGCAAGGCAGCCAGCCCUGUAAACAGAUGCCACGUGCAGAGAAAGAACACUGUGCCUGAGACGAGAUCUGAACCCAACUGUGUUGGUGACAGGCACUCACUGUUGUCUCCAGACUGCCCCUCUCAUAAAGGAAUGUUCUUUAUCAUUGUGUAUAGAUGACAGUAUCAACUAUGUUACAUAGUGCUCAUAAUGUUUAUUGUUUUGCUGUGAUUUUGCAUCACAUAAGUUAUUUUGAAUUUCUUUUUUAGUUUUUUUUGUGUGUGUGUUUACACCCAGUUUUGUUAAUUUAUGUUCAGUUAAAUUAUUGUAGUAUUGAUGGAUUCAAAUGCUGUAUUCAUGUCAGAUUGUAUUUGUUUCAACAUGGUAUGAAAAAACCCACAUGAAAACAGCUCUUUGCAACACAAUAAAAAUAUUUUGUCACCAA